CCGACAGGCCCAAGGUAGUAGCAGUGGGGCCCGGGGAGCACUGUCAGUUGCAAUGCCGUUGGAAAUAGAGCUGUGUCCCGGACGAUGGGUGGGCGGGCAGCACCCAUGCUUCAUCAUUGCCGAGAUCGGUCAGAAUCACCAGGGAGACCUGGAGGUGGCCAAGCGCAUGAUCCGCAUGGCCAAGGAGUGUGGUGCUGACUGUGCCAAGUUCCAAAAGAGUGAAUUGGAGCAUAAAUUCAACCGGAAGGCUCUGGAGCGGCCCUAUAAGUCUCAGCAUUCCUGGGGCAAGACAUAUGGUGAGCACAAGAGGCACCUGGAGUUCAGCCAUGCCCAGUACCGGGAGCUGCAGAGCUAUGCCCAGGAGGUGGGCAUCUUCUUCACAGCCUCAGGCAUGGAUGAGAUGGCGGUUGAGUUUCUGCAUGAACUGAAUGUCCCGUUUUUUAAAGUUGGAUCUGGGGAUACGAACAAUUUUCCUUACCUGGAAAAGACAGCCAAGAAAGGCCGCCCGAUGGUCAUCUCCAGUGGCAUGCAAUCCAUGGACACCAUGAAGCAAGUCUACCAGAUUGUGAAGCCCCUGAACCCCAACUUCUGCUUCCUCCAGUGCACCAGUGCCUAUCCGCUCCCACCUGAGGCUGUCAACCUGAGAGUCAUCUCAGAAUAUCAGAAAAAUUUCCCUGACAUCCCCAUAGGAUACUCCGGGCACGAAACUGGCAUAGCCAUCUCUGUGGCUGCCGUAGCUCUGGGGGCCAAAGUGUUGGAGCGUCAUGUGACUCUGGACAAGACCUGGAAGGGCAGUGACCACUCGGCCUCAUUGGAGCCUGGGGAGCUGGCAGAGCUGGUGCGAUCUGUGCGUCUGGUGGAGAGGGCCCUGGGCUCUCCAACCAAGCAGCUGCUGCCCUGUGAGAUGGCCUGCAAUGAGAAGCUGGGCAAGUCUGUGGUGGCCAAAGUGAAAAUUCCAGAAGGCACCAUUCUAACGCUGGACAUGCUCACUGUGAAGGUGGGUGAGCCUAAAGGCUACCCCCCCGAAGAUAUCUUCAGCCUGGUGGGCAAGAAGGUCCUGACCACUGUGGAGGAAGAUGACACCAUCAUGGAAGACUGGGUAGAAAAUCAUGGCAAAAAAAUCAAGUCUUAGAGGCCAGAGUGAUGGCGCAGUGUAAAGAUGCUUUCCUUGUAUGCUUCUGACCCAGGUUUGAUCAUCUCCAGCAUCCUAUAUGGUCCUCUGAACACUGUCAAGAGUGAUUCCUGAGUGCAGAGCCAGGAAAGAGUAACCCCUGAACUUUGCUGGGCCCAGUGGCCUAGCUUUCUUCCAACCAAACCCCCACACCAAAUUAAGUCUUCAAAUAAAAGGCCUUUUUCUGAA